GAGGCAAUAAUGAUAGAGAAGAAUAGAUAUGUAUAUAGAUAAAUAAUGAGAGAGUAAGAGCGACGACGAAAAGAGCUCGACGUUGAUGGACUUGCACGUGCGUGACUGAGUACGAUGACGUUUGAACGGUCUUCUCCCUUACUCCAUCUCUCCAUCUCUAUCACUCUAACGCUUUGAGUAAGCUUCGCACGUGAUUAUUGUGGUCAAAGGGAGCAUUGACGUGACGCAACGAUCUCUCGGUUGGUUUCGAUCGAAUCAGGCGCACACGAUCGGCUAUUUCCUUUUGUCUCUUUGUCCUAACAAGGAUUGCUUAUCUCUCUCUGUGUAUCAAAUUCGCUUUUGCAUCCAUGAACUCGCUUCCGUGGUCCAGUGCUCGUCGAGCGAACUGAGUUACGACGACCACGCGGUUAUCGCUCUUCCAUUUUUUAUAAACCGCCUGCAUGGAGGCUCCAUACUUUUACCGCGUUAUCAACGAUAAAUUGUUUGGAUGGUAGUAGCGUGAGAGACGGGAAGGACAGUAAAGUUCACAUUUCUACGACUACUUGACGAAAAUAUAUAACGAACUUUGAUGUCAAAACAGAUACUUUGAAUCUCGUCUCAUCGCGUAUUUUUGUUAUAUCUUCGCAUAAAAACACGGCAUUAUGGAUUCGCAUAAUGGAGCCAACUUGUAGAGCGUUCUUGUUAUAUACGUUACGCUCAUUGCCUCCGAAAGACAAUCUAUUUCAACGAGAGCUUUUUUUUUUAUUCUUUUAAUAGUUUUGUAUAGUAGUCAUUCAUAUGUUCGAAGAAACGUGAACAAUGAAAAAGACGAAAUAUAAACGUGCAAUCAGAGGUUAGGACCACUGACAAGAUCGUUCGCAUGAAUGUCUCUUAAUAAGAUCAAAACGUGAUCUGGCUUUUCUUGCGCGAGUCGUCUCGUCCGAAGAUGGUAUAGCGUACAGUAUACACUGCACACGUACAACGUACUACGAGCGAGCGAAACAAAGGGAGCGCUCGAUGCAUAUGCACGAGGGAUUCUGCGUACCUAGUUUAUGGACCGAUGAUUUCAGAUGGGAAUAAACUGAUAUCGAGCUUUGCGUCUCGCGUAAAUUUGCGACCCUAACAUGACCCGAUUUCUAAAGUCUCGAGAAAUGUCUCAAUGUAAUUGUUCGUUAUAAUGAUCUAAAUCUAGGGGAACGAUCAAUCGAUCGCUGCCAUACCUAUAUGAUCUUUUUCUCUCCUUCUACGUUGUAUACGUUUAGUAUCGUAAUCUCUCUAGAGCCCCGCUUAAGUAGAAUCGAUUUUGGCGAAAUCGCUGAAGCAACGUUUUCGCGAAAAGUACGAAUGAUUUAUGUGCCUGUCUGAUUGCUACCUCGAAUUCGAUAUGGUAUUCGCAUUCAAGCCGACAAUCGCGAAGACUAAAUCUGGUUUGUAACGAUGAUCGACCUGGAAUCGCUCGAUAACUCGAUUACGUGUAAAUCGCGAGCUUGAAAAGUGAACGGUUAAAUGACUUGUGUGCCAUUAACUCCUUAAUGAUCGAAUAUUACGCAUUUUGCCGAUUAUGAUUUCCCAUCGAUUUCCUCGAUUCGAGCCAUCCCACAUUUCCGUUCGUUCGCAUUACGUCGUGCCGCUAGCCGAGUAAUCAUUAUUUCAAGUCGCUGAUGCGAUAUAAUCUAUAGUCGAAGAAUCUUCGAAAGGGGUCGUUGGCACUGUGAAAGUUCGUGAAUGACGGUCGAUAAGGCGAACGUAUCGUGGAACUCCGAGAGGAAGAGGAAUUCGGAAAGGUGGAAUAACGUAUUACGAGGGGCAAGAGGUGGAGGACGAGGCGAAAUGCGAGCAAAACAUUGACGAGGAUCCUCAAUGUCGAGGCGCUCGACUCGUGCCGGUCAGUGAUGCCGCCAUUGAUGCAUCGAUGCUGACUUAUUCGACGUGUACGGUGCUCCAACGGAUUAUUCGACACGGAUGACAUUCGGACGUUCGCGUAGUAAUCGUGAUACUGUCGAUCAUUUCGUCUGAGAGAGAGAGAGAGAGAGAGAGAGAGAGAGAGAAAGAGAAAGAGAGGGAGAGAGAGAAAAAAAGGUGGUGGGUAGACUACUGCGAAGGGUGAAAAUUUAGCAGUGAUGCCGUGAUGGGCUGCAGCUCGAGAUCGUUCGUCUUGACCACGCUCUUCGUGGGUGGAUUACUUCUGGUCCUGCUCUUGAGCGAGAUAUCUGGUGCAACGCGCCUUAGACAACGUGCGGGCACCACGGAUUCUCCGAGAACCGGUUCCGGAAACGGAGCGAUCGUUUUGGCGCUUCGUGGUGGAAGACAAGAGAGUGGUCGAAGAGCACGAAGAACGACAACGUCGACAACGACGACGACGACAAGUACAACGAAGAGCACAACGACAUCGUCGUCGUCGACAUUGAUAUCCUUCGGCGAGGACGUCGCUCAGCCUGCAGCACUUUUAGCUCCCGAAGAAGAGACAUGGUCCGUUAGUUCCUCGACAACGAGCAAUCUUCCGUUUUCCUUUCCUUCGAGCGGUGUGUCCACGUCAUACGCGAGACCCGUCUCUACGAAACCGCAUUUAGAGCUCGUCGUAAAACCACAUAGCAAGGUUAUUUUGCCUUGCGAACUCGAAGGGAAUUAUUCUAGGCUGCUUUUAUCAGGAUCAAGAAGUUACAGAAUACAUGGAAAUCCGGCUGUAUGGUUGCACGAAGGAAAUCCGGUGGACAUGCUCACGAUAAACACGAGAACGGAAAUGAGCGGAACUGGUCACAGAUACAUCGGUGAUUCUACUACAGCAGCUUUGCAUAUAGAUAAUGUCAGAUUGGAGGAUGACGGUAUGUGGGAGUGCACCUUGGAACACGAUCAAGAAGAAUUCCUUUUGGGGAGACCGAUCAAGCUUGUUGUUCUCGAAGCACCUCGGGGGACGUACCUGCUAAUAGAUGGGCGCAGACUGGAUCCAGGAAACCAGUUUGUGCCUGUUAAGGAAGGCUCCGAGCUGACAUUGGAAUGCGCCGCCGAGGGUGGAAACCCACCACCGGUUUUGGCAUGGGGCAUGAUCCUAUCCCAAGCCACUUUGGACGGUCCCGAACAACCACCGGAUAACCUCACAGUCUUACCUUCGACGUCCGCCAGACACAGUGGAGCUCACCUUAAAGUCUUGAGGGGUCACCACAAUGCCACCAUCGUUUGCGUGGCCCGUCACGUUACCCUUACUGUGCCGAUGAACGCCAGUAUUUUGUUAGACGUUCAAUAUACUCCAUCGUUCGCGAUAACGCGUUUACCUGGAUUUGGAAUUCCCAUCGUCGAGGGAAUGUCUGUCAGCCUAAAAUGCGAGGUGGACAGCAAUCCUGUGAGCACUCCGAUAUGGCAGCGGGACAAUGGACUACUUCCCGUCGAGCAGAGCGAUGACGGAUGGUUGAACUUUACAAAAAUCACUCGUGCCGAGAGCGGCUGGUACAAAUGUUACACUCGGCACAUGCUCGGAAUUUUCACCAGUAUUGGUUAUUUUCUGAAUGUUCGCUAUGAUCCAGAUAUGGAGACCGAGGCAGAGGCGUUGAACGGAGAAGCUACCGAUUCAAGGAGAAUGGAGGUGCAGAUUGGCGGGGCGGUGACUCUCGAGUGUGACGGCGGAUGCUGGGGUCACGGACCUGGAAUGGAUCCAGUAGGUGGACCAGGUCCUCUUGCUUUGAGCCGGGUCGUCUAUCAGGAAGCAGGAGAGUAUAGAUGCGUUGCUCCUGAUCGAAAAAUGCAGGACACGUGGAGGGCUCAGUUACCUUACCAUAUUAAGGUCACCGGACGACCCAUGGUUUAUCCACCCAAUCAAACGGUGACAGCAAACGAGGGCGAACCCUUGGAUGUCAUCGUCGAGUUUUGUGCAGAGCCCAGUUAUACACGAGUUUUUUGGAUGUCCGAACAGCAAGUUUACAUACCCGGUGCUCCCUCUCGGGAAGGAAUACAAGCUCUUGACAUUGAGAACGGUGGUACCGAGACGUGCUACAGGGCGAUUUUACGCUUCGAAACGAUUCAGUGGUCCCAUGCUGGUGAAUGGUUGCUGCUGGUACGCUCGUCGAAAGGGAUCGCGGACGCUUCCGUUUUACUCAACGUGACGCGUGCUUCCGGAUACAGCCACGCCCACCUCCGUUCGAUGGCUCCAGCGUCUCUCCUUCUCUGCCUGACCUUGGCCAUUAUACAACAGCAGCAUCCACGCUGAACCAUACCGUUCUACGGAUCUUUGGAAAAAGUUUCGAGGGGGAUGAAAGUGGUGAAAAGGAUAGUAGAGAGGGUAGGAUGACGAGGGAGAAGGGGAAGGAAAGAAGAGAAAGAGUAUAAGAGUUCUACUGCCUCGAGAGGAAGCGAUACGAAGGAGAGGAAGAGAAAACGUUCAAACUUUCGACGUAAACUUUGUAAAUAAAUAUCGAAGUUCGUGCGAGAACCGAAUCGAUCGUAGAUCGAAGAACAUCGAUCUGUUCGCAAAGUCCUAAGAAAACGACGAUAAUAACGCAUUUUAUCCUGCCCUAAUCGACGAAUCCCUUGCGAAACAUUUUACGGACCACCAUCGUUUCUCCGAUAAGUAUGGAAGGUACCCCACGAGGAAAGCAUGGUUUUUCUUUCUUCAAGAGGUAUCAAUUAGCAUUUAAUAAAAGAGUGUGUAUGUAUAUAUAUAUAUAUAUAUAUAUAUAUAUAUAUAUAUAUACAUAUAUAUAUGUAUGUAUGUAUGUAUGUAUGUAUGUAUGUACGUAUGUAUGUAUGUACGUACGCAGAAAACGUGUGUAAUUCGUAUUACAUGCCUAUGUAAUAUAUACAUAAUGAUAAUAAUAACAUUAACGAUAAUAUGGAUAAAAGAUAAUACACGAUACAUUAUUGAACGAUAUGUGUUACAUAUUGAGUAACGAUACGUAUUACAUGGAUUCGCAUAUGUUAUUAUGGAAAAGUGAUAAACGUUAUCGGUAAAGUUCCGUGAACGUUUAUGAAGAAUUCGUUGAGAGAAUUGGAAAUUUUUUGUUUGUUCAUUUAUUUGUUUGUUUGUUUAUUUGUUUGUUUUUAGGGCAAGAUUGAGCGUAUAAAAACUAUAUGUAUAUAUUUGUAUAGAUCAGUUUUAAGGGAGCAUGCACAGCGUAUACUUAUUCUCAAAUGGGUAAAGAUAAGGGUAAAGCGCGAGAUAAUAGGAUUCAGACGAGGCGACGACCAAUUACGUUCGUUUCGAGCUUUUUCCAAAGCGACGAACGUCGCGUACCGUCCGUCAAAUGCGGCCGAGCGACUCGUCGUAAAAAAGCCGGGUAAACUCGGCGAUGCGUAAACUCUCAUUUUCAUCGCUGAAUAUCCCCGUCGAGAUUAAACGUAAAAGAUUUAGUUAUGGAAAAACAAAAAAGAAUUAAGAACUAACGCGUUAUGUAUUACAGCGAAGAUAAAUAGGUAAAAGAUCGAAAUAAAAAAAAAAAAAAUUGUUGUAUAUUAUUUUUAGGUAAUUACCUAGAAUAAGUUUAAGAAUCAAUAGAGUGUAUAUAGUGAUUGUAAAUGCAUAUAGGGUGCCGUACGAUGUGCCGUACGAACGAAUUAUACAGUGACGCUGUUAGAGAUAUAUUUAUUAUUCGUUGAUAUAUUUUUAUAAAGUUUUAUUUAGCCAUAAGUUAUCGUUCGCCUAUCCCUUCCCGAUACAUCGUGGCACGCGCCAUCGUUCGUUCGUUCGUUCGUUCGUUCGUUCGUUCGUUCGUACGUACGUGCGUUCGUUUUUAUUCAUAGAGAAAGUAAUAGAAGCUAAAUUGGGAUGGAAGAGAGGAAAAGCGACGGCCAUUUUCGAUUUAGAAGUUUUCUCCGUAAGAGAAAAACGUUUAUCUACGCGUUAAAACGUAGUGUCACCCAGUCGACUCUCAUCCUCCGAAUGGACAAUUCUAAAUCGAAGUUAACGAUAGUUACCGUUACUGCAGAACCGUGUAACAUUGUCGUUACCAUUGUUUGAUCUCUUCUACUAGUAUAGUAGUAAAAGUUUGGCGUAACUCCCUCGCCGUUCGGUCCAUUCUUCGCUCUCUUCCUCUCUCUCUCUCACUCUCUCUCACUCUCUCUCUCUCUCUCUUUCUUUCUCUCUUUCAUUUUCCAAUUCUCUCUUCAAUCCUCUCUCUUCCUCUCAUUCGCUUUUUAAACCUUUCUCUCUCUCUCUCUCUCCCUCUCUCCUUUCUCUCAAAUUCGUUCGCUUCGUUACGCGAACUUUCCGUGAGUUCUGCGGUUCCUAAUUUUUAAAAGUGCAUAUAUAUAUAUAUAUAUAUAUGUGUGUGUAUAUAUAUAUAUAUAUGUAUGUGUACACAUAUAUAGUUCACCAAGGGAUAUUUAAUUCCAUUCGCGAAACAGAAAAUUUGCGCGAUAGCCGGACACGGUGUCGGUGUAUACCUAUAGAUAAAAUGAAAUACCUGAUGUCUUUAAUUUUUUCCUUUCCUUUUUCCUUUUCUAAUUUUAAACGACGAAACACAAUUUCAUUAUUGCGUAAGGUGUUCUAAGUAAGCAACGUGAUGUAAUCGUUGUACUCAAUGACGCCUAAAAGUCCAAUAAAUGAUAUUUACAAUACACUUAUGCCAAACC